AUGAAUCCUGAACCUAUUACUUAUUCAUCCUUAAUUGUACUUAACAUGAGUGCCUUUCCAAACUUAUCAUUAUAUUCAAAUGGAUUCAGCACACAGAAUUUUAACUUGAGAUCAUUUCACCAAUUAAGAGGUGACCUAGAUCAAGAUUAUUAGAAUUGUGUUUUCAGAAUACUCCCUGUUUUAAAUUACAAGGCGCAAGAUGAUCUUUUAUGUUAAUUUAAAGAUUCGAGUUUUAACGAAUUAGAAAAGUUUGACUAAAGCCAAAGAAAACAUAAAAUUUAAACUAUCUUGCAUAAUUUAGAGAAUGAACUAACCUCGAAUAUUUCACUUACAAAGAAGUUAGCAGGCACUCCUUUAGUUUUUAGUUCAUCAAUAUUUCACUUAGUUCAUGUUUCUUCAUUGAAAUUUCUAGCAUUGGAUGAUCAAAAUUUGGAAGCAUUAUAAUUUAAAUUGAUUGACUUUCCAAACAACAAUACAUUAUUAAAAUUCAACCCCUGUUUAAAUUUUCAAAAAUUAAGAACCAACUAGGUAUACAGUGGUGAUGUAGUCUGUAUAUCUGCAAAUAAGCAAGUAUGUAAUAGAACGGCAAACCUCUUCACUGAUUAUUGGGGAUUGAACUAUUACGAAUUGCAAGACGAACCCCAGAAAUACGAGGAUGAAGUUUGUAGAGCAAAGGUGAUUGCAUCAGUCGAAGAUUAAACAUAAUGGAGAAUCAAAAUAUUUUAGACUCAAUAAGAUAAUGAGGAAGCCUUAUUCGUAGGAGAUGUGGCUAUAUUUCAUUUACCAGAACUCAAUGUAACAAAUUUAUAAUGGCUAGUUAUACUUAACUGCAAAGAAAACCUAAGACAUCCAAGAAAAAGUCAAAGAAAUUUUAGACCGCAAUACGGUAGAUGAUAUAAGUAAUGUCAUUUAAGAUAAAUUCACUUAUACCAAAUAGCAGACUCUCUUUCCAGGAUAGUAGUAACCAGCCAUUUCAAGGUAAGUGAGUGAAGAAGUCGGAAGAAAUGAAUCAAAAAACUAUAAAUCAGAUUCAUAAAAUAGUCACAUUUAUGAAAAGUAGAGAUCGAUGCAAUCUCGGUCAUCUUAAGUUAUCUAGGCAUCAAAAAACAUCAGAGAAAUUGAUAAGGCCUUGUACUCAGAACUUAAGCUAUUUUUUAGCAAUUUUGUUGGCAACAAAUAAGACAAAAUUACUAUUCCCUUUAGUGCUUAUUGGAGGAUAGAAUCAGAAAAUUUUAGUGGAGGAGAAGUCAAAUGGGAUAAGUGCUAUCGUAUUAGACAUUUUUAAACUGGCUAAUAUUUGGAUGUCAAUAUCAUGAGGUAGGUCAAACUUACAGAACAAGUGACAAAGAAUACAUUAUUCUAAUUUGUGCCCGUUAAAAAAAAUUCAAAAUUUGUUGAUAAAGAAUCUUAUUUCUUAAUUAAACAUUUUUUGACUGGAAGCUAUUUAAAUUUAAGAAAUGAACCUGAUAUUCCUUAUGGAUCUGUGUGUAUAACAUAAGAUAUUGAUUUAAUCAAUUGUAUUAAGUUCAGGAAAACUGACUACGAGGACAUCUGGGAAAAGAGAUUCUUAGUGUUUUUAGUACCUAUUUUAAAAGAGGCUAUCUCUUACUUUGAAAUAGUAUAACCUCUUACAAGUAUUGCUUGCAUGAAAAAAAGCGAAGUCUAAGAGAGAAUUGAAUUUUAUUAUCUCUUUGAAAAGCUGAAUUCUUUACUUGAAAUCUUAAAUCAAUUUAUGUAUAACAAGUUAGUGAGUAACAUUUAAACAACAUAAGACUUCUCCUUUGUUUCAUAAAAUAGAUAGGACAUUCUAAGAGAUGAAAACAUAUUACCUUUAUUGAUAUGGCUCAUAUGUAAAACAUUCCCUAACCCUGAUGAAAAAGUAGAAGGAACAGAGCAAAAUCUAAUUUGUGAUCUAUAUGGUGAGCACUCAAUCAUUUUGAGAGUUUAAAAUAUGAUUUAAUAAUAAUUGGAUAAAACCAAUGAUGCAGCAUAUGAAAAGAAAGUGUAAAAGUUAAAAGAACAGUUGGAAGAAAAUCACAGGAAAAGAAAAAGAUUAUUAUAACUAAAGUUAUUUCAAACCAUUAAAAUUGCAUGUCAUAAUAAUCAAUAGAAUUAGGAGAUUUUAAUGAAAUAUUUUAAACAUUUUGAAAAGUAAAUUACCCAUGAUUAUAUUUGUACAACUAUAUGUUAAUGCAUAACAAACAAUUAUCAAAUAUUAAGUUAGCUGAAUAAAUAGGAAAUAGCUAAUGAUAUGAAAUCCACAAUGAAUGUAAACACUGCAGAUUAAAAAAAUUAAAAAAGCCAAAGUACCAUUUUAUCCAGGCUUUUGGAUGUUUUAUCUAAAAGUGAUCAACUUUUACCAGAUUUAAUGCAUUUUCUAUCAGAAACUUGUGAGGCUAAUGGCGAACCUGUUUUUAAUAAUUAAGAAUACUUGCUAAAUAGUAUUUAAUUGUUGAAUUAAAAGGUUAAAAAUGAUUAAGGAGAAGAGAAAAUAUAUAUGCAUUUAGAACCUAUUCAAGAAAGUGAAGGGAAUUAUAAGGAAUUCUACAUUACUUAUCGAACUUCAAAUAAGACCUAUGUAACAAGAAUGUUGAAUGAGUUUUUAAACGACUAUCAAUAAUUCAAGGAAGUGGAUCAUUUAUAUGUAGUGUAAUACAAUUUUUUAAUUGAAUAACUGGCUUUUUUUUCAAAUAUAUGUUUUCAUAGAAAUACAGCAGCAAGAGAACUGAUAUCUAAAACAUUUACUUACUCUAUUUUAUUGUCAUAUGCUGAAUAAAAAAAUGAUUAAGAAGAUAGUUUUAAUGGAGAGUAUCAUUUUGUUAAUAAAUAAGUUCGAGCAUACUUCUUUAGAAUGAUAAGAACCUUAUAUAUUGAUAGAGAACCUUAUACAACAACACCUAAGCCUGAAUUGGUCAGGAUUUUAGAAGAAAAAUCUACUCAAAAAACUUUAUUUUUAUUUGAUGAAGUAUCUAGUCAGAAACACGAAAAAGGAGGGUUUGAUAUAUAGAAGUUGAAACUUAAGAUGCUCAUUUAUUUGGAAGUGUAAUCGGAAAAAUUAGAUUUAAAUUUGGGAGAAGAAACUGUUUAUAACUUAGAGACCUUAGAAAUUAUUAAGAUAUUAGAAUUAAUGCUUAAAUUUGAGUUGUUUUGGAAAAGAGAUGUUGAAGGUCCCAUACAAAAAAAGAACUCAAAUAAAAGAGGCGCUUCACUUUUUAAUAAAAUAUCUGAAAAUGGAAUGGGAUUAAAGGAAAUUGAUAGAUUAAUUACUGUCUUAGCAAAGAUUUUAGAAUAUGAUCAUUAGUACUUUAAGUGUCUUGCAAAUGCUAAAAUCAAGAGAAAUUGGCAAGCAGAAAAUGAAAAAGACAAAGGCUUUAUGAAAUUUAACAUUUCAGGUAUUAGUCAAGUAUUUGAAAAAGAAACCAAGGACAAGGAUGAAUAAUUAUAAUCUAAUCAGAAUUUUAGAUAAGUUAAAUAAUAAGAUACAGAAGUUGUGAAUGAUUCUUUAUUUAAGAAAAUGAAAAAUCUUACAAAGGUUUUACAAAGAUACAAUAAUAAAACCUUUACGCUAAGAGAAAACAAAGAAGAAGACUAUUAAGUGUUAAUAAAGAUAUAGAUAUGUUAGAUUUUCUCUUAUUUAAUGGAUGUCUCUUAGGAUUAUUGGAUUGAUAAUGCAAUAGAGUUUUAUAAGUCUCUGUAGUAAAAUAAAUAAUUAAAUGAUGAAGUUAAAGAGGAGGACUUAAUUAAAUUAUUUCCAGAAGAGAUAUUGAUGUCAGGGGAAUAAUGGAUUGAUAAACCAGAAAGUGAUAGGAGAUUAAAUAGAACAUCAGCUCCAGUUUUAAAAACCUUUGAUGAAGUCUUAAGAAGACCAUUUAUAGAAGUAUUGCUAAUCUCCUUGUAUUUUUCAAGGAAUCCUUAAUUAGAGAACCAGAUUGUUGAGUUAAUUUAAAGGUUUGCUAGAUAAAAGAAAGAAUUCUUAUAACAUUUUGAGAAUAUAUAGAUUUUAGAUACCAAUGAAUCUCAAUAAUUGUUUGAUGUAUGGGUUUAAAUGACUUAAAUUUUGAAGAACAAUGUCCAACGAAGUUAGACUUGGAUAACCGAGAACAAUAGAAUUAUGCAUUAAACACUGCAAUGUUUAUGGAAAAUAGAUAGUAUAUUUUAGUAAACUGAAAGUGUUUCUCUAAAAUUAAAAUAAUAAAUAUUCGAACAUAUAGGUGGUUACGAAGUAUUAAUAGAGUUGAUAAAUAAAGCAUUAACUGUUAUUGAUUAGAAGUCUUUCCCUCCUGAUUUAAUUAUAUUACUGAAACAUACAAUGAAUAUUAUGGCUUAUUUUGCCAAAGAUAAUGAAAGGAAUGCUUUAACUGUGUAUAGAAAAGUUGUUAAGAAAAUAAUUCAGAACAGUAAUCAGAAUAUUGGUUAAAUAAGUUUAAUAUGCUCAUUAUUUGAGAAAAAGCCAACCUUAUAUGGAUAACUUGGUUAAUAAGAAUAUGAUUAUUUUAUAGCAUUAAUAAAACAACAUGGAAGAUACCCUGAGUUUCUGUAAUUUUAUUUAGAAAUUAUUAAAGUAACAGAAAUAUAUUCCAAAAAGUCAGUUGAUAUGUUUGAAAUUAUAAUUGAAAAAUUAACUGAACCUAUGAGUUUAUCACCUGAUUCAGAGUACGAAAACCCAUUAUAUCCAUUUUAAGAGUCUCGUAAAAUGACUGACUUUUUCGACUAUACUCCCAAUAAGGCUAAAUAUUAAUUAUUCUUCAUAAAUAUAGUGUCAAAAUGUCUGGCUAAAAAGAUAAGAGCCUCAUUAAUCAGUCAAGCAAUUGAAUUUUUAAAAUUACAAGAUCUUUUAGAACAAACAUUAAUAGUGACCUAAAGAAUAUUGGGAUGUAUAAAAUAAAAAGAAAAGCCUCAUCCUGAUGACAUACAAUUGCAGAGUGACUAUUGGAACAUUAUCAAAACAAUGGUAUUUCAUAAGCCUGAAACACUUGAUGAACUUAUGUUUCCUUAUAAUUCAGAAACUCUAAAUAAAAUACUUACGGAUGAACAUAAAGUCAUCAAACAAAAGGAUUAAUUUAUACCUUAAAAUUUGAAUUACUUGUUUGAUUCCUUAUUACCUGUUGUAAAUAGAUAUAACGAACUGUUACAAAAUGCUCUACUGUCAUCUGAAAAAGAUUAACAUUAAAUAAGUGAAUUUGUGUCAUUCUUUUUGGAAAAUCUCGAUAAAAUGUUCUUUCUAGCACCAGCUGAAUUAACUAACAAUAAAUAACGAUUAAAAACCAUCUCAGAUUUAGGUUAAAGCUUCAAUAUUCAAAUUCCUAUUAAAUUCUUCUAGGCAGAUCCUAACAUCUCUUAGGACGAAAAGACAGCUGAUAUGUUAACUAAUUAUCAAAUAACUCAAGAAAACUCAGCAAUAAGUUAAUUUCGUAAAAAGUAUUUUGGAUAAGAAUUUGUUAAAGAUUUAGUUAAAAAGGAAUCCUUAAAGUUAUCAAAUUCAAUUUGGACAAUACAGAAUAUGUUUAAAGAUGAUAGAAAAUAAGAAGUAAAGGAUCUGUUAUUGACAAACUCAGAUAUUAUUGUUAAAAUUUUGACAUAUUUGGAAUUUUGGAAAACAAAUGGAGCAAGUAGAGAGAAUAUCAUAUUUAUACUCAAAGUUUUAUCAGCCAUAUUAAAGGAUACAGAGAACGAAUUGUAUGAAAGACAAGUAUUAUUUAACAGAAUGAAUGUAACUUAAAUAUUAAUAGUGUUAUUAUGUGAAUCUGAAUUAGAACCAGUUUACAUGGGGACUAUUAUGUCAUUCAUGAUAUUGCUACUAAAAAAUGGUAAUCAAAAUGUUUAAAAAACUGCUUAUGAGUAUUUUUUGUCAAAUACAUAAUGUGAAAAGUUUUUUAAAUAACUCAAAAAUGUAUUUGAUAUCUAAAUAUUAUCAAUGAGUAGAGCUCAUAAGUUAAAUUAUUAAGAGAAUAAAUUAGUUUGUAAAGCCUUAAAAUUGAUAUAAUUAUUUUGUGAAGGCCACAAUUAGGAUCUCUAAAAUUAUAUGAGAUCUUAAAGUAAUUAGAAGAAUAGUUUUGAUUUAGUUUCGUAAAUCGUAUUGUUACUUUCUACAUUUUUAAUUUCUAAGGGAAAUUACGAAAGCGUUCUGUAAUGUUUCGAAACACUGACAGAACUCAUUCAAGGACCAUGCAAAUAAAAUCAAUAGGCAUUAUUAAAAAGCAAUCUUUUAGAAUAUGUUGUACUGAUAUUGUCAGAAGAUGAAAAAAUAUUUGAAUAAUCAAACGAGUAUUUCAAAUAUGAUGGUGAAAAAUAAUAUAGAUUAGCCAUUCAUCCUGGAUAAUUGGCAAGAUUGAAGUUUAAAUGUUUAAAUUGUUUGGUAUCACUAUUAGAAUGUUGUGACCCUUAGAAUUCUGAUAUUGCUAGAUUGGUAAGGGUUAUUCCAUUAAAUGUUUUAACAAACAACUUGACACGAGUGUACAAAAUAUUCAAGAACUCAUUUGGAGCUGUAUACAAAGAUGAAAUGUUCAAAAGAGCUGAAAAUGAAAUCACAAAUGAUGAACCAGCAGUAAAUUAAGAAUUCAUUAUAGAAAAUGGAUUCUAUAUAUUCUUGUUGAUGCAAUAGUUUUUAGGAAACUAAAAAGCCAAAUAAUUGUUAUAUGAGGAUAAUGAGAUGAAUGAUGUUUUAAAUGAGUUUUCUGAAAACAAUAAUAAGAAGGAAGUCAAUGCAAUAGCAAAUAUAUUUUCAGGCUUAGGGAAUAUUGCAAAAAUGGGAGGGAAUCUAAUAGGAUAAUUGGGAUUGGCUUAGAAAUCAGAAGAGGAAUUGAGAUAGGAAAAGUUGCUGUAAGAGAAAUUAGAGCAAAAGGAGUUAACAAAAAAUGCUAUUAAGUUUUUCAGAUAGAAUACUUGCUCGAUUGAUAUGAUCAGAGAUUAAAAGCUAUACACCAUUUAUUUUCCAAAAUUACCAUUUUGUAACUUACCAAAAAGUGCUAGACUCGAAUUUCAUGAUCAGGUUGAUAGGACAAGCAGCAAGACUAAAUUAACAUACUUGAUGGAAAGAGCGAAUUUUCUAAUAAAGGUUAUGGAAUAUGAAGAAAAAUUGAAUUAAGUAUUUGCUAAAAAUCCAAUUUUCGCAUUUUUCGCAACAUCUGGAAAAUUAUGGGAGAAUUGUGCAUUUGUAACAACAUUAGUUAUUAAUCUUAUUGUGUUAUUAAGUUAUUCGUAAUCAUUUUAUAAUGAAAGUCAAUCUGGUUAAACGGGUGAUUUGGUGUACGAAAGAUUGCAAGAUCCAAGGUUAUUAGAAUAUAAAGAUUUUAUAUGGACACCUCAUUUAAUUUAAGGAUUGGGAAUUACAAUGUUGGUUUUUAGUUCAUUAAUAGUGUUCUUCUUUUUAGUGAAAAGAGCACCCCUAAAAGUGGAUCAUAUAUGGGAAGAUUACCAAAAACCAAAAACAGUAAUGAAAAUGAUUUGGUAGUUAAGUGUAAGAGGAAUAAAAAGUUUAUUUAUUUUAUUAUAGGACCCAGAUAUUUUGUAUUAUUUUAUCUAUAUAAUUGCUGGAAUUGUAGGAUUGACUGUGCAUCCUUUCUUUUUCGCAUUUCAUUUAAUGGAUUUCUUAAAGUUAGAGUAAUUAAAAACAGUUUUGGAUGCAAUCUGGGGUCCAAGAUAGGAAAUAGGUUUAGCCCUUCUAUUAUUGGCAGUAGUUGAAUACUAUGUUGGAAUUCUGGGUUUUGUCAUAUUUUUUAAUGAUUAUCCAAUUGUGGAUGGGACAAGUUGUAGAAUAUUACCAGACAACGAUCAUAUCAUUUGCGAGAGGGGAUGUAGUACAAUGUGGCAAUGCAUUUUUAUGAGUUUUGAUUUGACAUUCAAGUUCACAGGGGCAUUAGGUUCAGGAAUUAUGGAUUAUGAUACUAUCACUGGGAUAACUCAAAGUUACGAUAUGGUUGUAAAUGGCUGGGAUAGAGUAACCUACUCAUAAAAUGAAUAUGAUGGAGUUGACCAUCGAUUUACUUCUAAUUACUUUAGUCGUUUUGUAUUUGAUAAUGCUGUUAAUAUUGUAUUGGUUAUGAUUAUGCUCAAUAUGAUAUAAGGUAUUAUUGUAGACACAUUUGGAUCAUUGAGAGAGAAACUUCAAGAAAGAAUCAAAGAUUAAACUAUGAAAUGCUUCAUAUGUGGUAUCACAAGAGAAAAAUUUGAAAAAAAUGAUGAAGGAGGUGGUAUGGGCUUUCAAGAACACAUAGAACUAGAGCAUUACAUGUGGAAUUACAUAUACUAUUAUGCUUAUUUGAAGCAUAAGGACGAAAAUGAUUAUAAUGGAAAUGAAUCCUAUAUCAAAUCCAAGAUUGAUAUAAAGGAUAUAAGUUGGAUGCCCAUUAAAAGGUAACCUAAAUAUUCAUCAUAAUAGGGCACGAUUCGCUGAGGAAGAUAUGGAUGAUUAAUAGAAGGGUAAUGAAAUACAGGAGGCCAUUGAAAUGAAAAUGAAAGGCAUGAAUGAUUCAUUAGAGAAGAUUUAAGAUCGAAUGAAACACAUUAUUGAUAUUAUCAAUAAUCAGCCUGUAAGCAUGACAGAAACAUAUCAUGGAUGA